ACACAUUUUAUUGAAGCAUAAAACGGAGACCAUUCAUGCUCAACAUUGAAGUCGAAAGCCCACUAAUAAAGCCAAAAGGAUGCUUAGACAUGUUCGUGCUGUGUCUUUGGAUCGUGCAGUAUUUAAAGUAGCCACUAGAUGAUCUCUUGCAUCUACCAGUGUAUACCGAGAGUGUGUUGCAGAAGCAUUUUAAUAUUGGAUACCCACAAUAAGUAAGAGCUGCGAGGAAUUUCACAUGAAAUAUGCCAGUUAUGCCACUUUCUCAAGCACGCAGAAGAACUCAAUACCUGGCCGUUUAGUCGCCUUCAGGUUUGCUCGUAAUGGUGCGGUACCCUAAUAACGUGUGGGAAAGCUGUGCUCCGAUUUUUCUCCAGGGCAGAAGACGCACGCACUUCUUUCACAUUACCAGCUUCUUCUUGAAAGACUUCCUGGUGGAUAUUUCGGCAAGAAUCUGAUCGGUAAGAUAUACCCUGGCUCUCGAGAAGCUCCCUAGGAGGGCUGCUUCAUACUUUGCCAUCAUCAUCAAAAAGCAGGCUUAGUGGGAAAGACGAAAAAAGGCACAUCUCUCCUGUUUAAAUGUAAUGAGGAUGCAGAACAGAUUUCGACCGGACUUUUAUAAAGGUCGCAAUUGCUGUGUUCAAAGAACGUGGAUAUAUUGUAUUUAAUGACAAGUAUGCGACCGCCUGUUAGAAUGUAUUGCUCUCGGUGUGCUGCUGUGUGCGUUUUAGUUGUGGUUCUCUAAUUGUGCUAUGCGCACCCGCGCAGGCGUGCUGGGGGGGAUUCUGCAGCUCUGGCUCUGCUCACAUCGGAUUAAUAAUAAAGAAGAAAGUGUGGAAUAUGCACCAUGAACAUGCGGGAUAACUACUUUUGUGACCGGAGUAAAGGGAUAUAUACGUGCCUCUGAAAAUCAUCCCAACCUGUAGACAAGUACAGUAUGUCUGGGAAAGCCAAAGGGGAGCCGUCUGAGGGUGCAGCCUCGAAAGCCAAGGUAAAACAACAGAUCAAGACGAUUGUUGAGGAUCUGGAACUUGUCCUGGGGGAUCUGAAGGAUGUCGCCAAGGAACUGAAAGAGGUAGUGGACCAGAUAGAUUCACUUACUUCUGAUCUGCAGCUUGAAGAGGAAAUGACAGACAGCUCCAAGACAGACACACUUAACAGCAGUUCCAGUAGUACUACCACCACCACUACGGCAUCCAGUUUAGAGAAGAUUAAACUUCACACAGAAGUUACACUAAUCAAACCUCCAUCAGCUCCUCCAGCAAUUCUUACAGUGCUGAAGAAACCAUACCCACCUCCUCCACCUCCAAGGCUCACUCCAAUAAGAUGUGACAAUCCCAGUAAAACCCUGCCAGCUGUGAAGCCUGUGAAAACCAAUGGCACACUUCUUCGAAAUGGAGGUUUACAAGGAAUACAAAAAAAAAUACCAAACGGAGAUAUAUGUUGCAUUUCCCAAAAUAUGGUGGAUAAAGUGCCCAUGCAACCUACUCCACAUAAACCUGACAAGGACAGAUGCCCACAGGUCACUCGUGAACGAGUCAGAUUUAGUGAACAGGUACAAUAUCAUGGCUACUGUCCAGACUGUGAUGUCCGAUACGAUAUAAAAAACCGGGAUGUGCAUUUACACACAGAAACCCUUCAUGCAAAGCUAAAACCUCUUCAUCACUGUCCUCCACCGCCACCUCCUCUACCUUCGCGGGAAAAUGGUGGAAUGGGUAUAUGUGUCAGUCAUAGCUUCCCUCCUCUAACUCCUACAGCUGUGCCUCCAUCUGCUGCUCCUAAACCACAAAAAACUAUCCUGAGAAAAUCAACAACUACCACUGUCUGAUAUAUGCCUCUUGUAAACUGAUUUAUACUUUUGAAAAAUGUAUUGAGCACUUUCUACUUCAGGAAUAAAGGCAAAACAUCCCCACCCCCUUCCCAGUCCACCAAAAACACAGAGAUCCUCAAUGGACUGUAGAAGAAGACAAAAACAUGCUCCCUCUGGCUACAAGGCAACACAGCAUUUGGAGACAUGUCAGUUAAUUUUGUUCAUUUUGAUGCUUCAUCAUAGCUUCUGUAAGCCAUACUUGAUUUAGCAACCAAUUCUGUGACCUCCUCCAAGCAAAAGAAAUCCCUCAAAGCCAGAGCACAACUAAUACUGGACUAAUCUGCAACAAAUCAUCUGAGAUCCUGCUGUCAUAAGCUUAACCUUGACAAAUGCUGAAUUCUGAAGUUCAUUUCUGAAAUUUCAAGCACAUGGACUUAAUCUCUUGUGUUUUCUGUUCAAAAUAAAUUGCGUCAGACCAACAGCUUGAGGAGCUCAGCAAAAGCAAUUAGACUGAAAAAGCCCUAAUCUCACAAUUUAUUAUGCUGCCUUUCUAAAAUGAUAAAAUAAACAUUCAGACAACAGUUUGAAAAACUCUUUGAAAACCCAGGAGAAAAAGUUAUGUGUUUCCGACAGUGGUAAAGCAAAUCACUAAAAUGUUGGGGACUAAAUGUAAAGUUAUCGAAAGAAGAUUAACAAAGAGUAUUUUCCCAGCAAAAAUGCACUGUUAAGCCAUAGGAAAAAAAUAAACGAAAUUGGCAUUGACAUUCAUAUCACUGUUCCAUUUGAAUAUACAUACAUUUUGGAAAAAUGUUUGCAAUGCAUCUGUUCAGAAACCUGGAGUCUACUGCAUCUCAAUGGUCUUUUAAUAUUUGCACUGUCACUUUCGUUCAGGGCAAUGAUGUGCACAGUCACUUGCACAGAUUACCCUCACAAGGCCAUGCAAGUUUUGUCUAACAGGGGUCAAUAACUCAAGAAAAUUAUUUUGCACUCAUUUGUUACAUCAAGGUUACUUGUCCCUGGGAAAAUUGUUUCUUUUGUAGAAUGAGAGAAAAAAUCAACAAUAAUUAAAGAAUACAGUAACUUAUUGGUAUGUUAUUUAUACAAAUAUAGAUCUGAAAAGUUCACAUUGUUUAUGACAAGAAGUGUUAAUGUAGUUAAAAAUGAAAUGUCAUCAUUAACAGAUAUUAAAAUGAUGACCCUGUUCAGGCAGACCUGUAGCAACUGCAAAAAAGCACUUUCAUUUAUUUAUUUUUUUUGUAGGCAACAAUGUUAUUAUUAUUAUAGAUUGUUUCAGUUCUUUAUUGGAUUUUUUUUUUAUUCCUUUCUAGAUUAUUAUAAUGCAAGUUAUGUAUUUAAUUAUAGCUUGCAUUUGUGACAUAAAGCUUUAAUCAAUGUACACACUUUGAAUAAUUUAAUUAUAUUUCUACUUGUACAACUAUACAUAAAUAUAUAUAUAUCUAUUUAAGGGUAUUUUAUAAGAGAUUUUUCAAAUAUAAAAAGGAUAUUUUAUUACUACAGAGCAGGAAUAGCAAAAGAGCUGACUGAAAGUUGAUUACUGUAACACAAAGCAUAGCCCGUAAUUCCAUUAUUAUAAAAAAACAAAAAAAAGAUAACAAUUGCGGUUUUAAUAUUGCUCAUUGUAAGAGAAGCAUUUCCUUUAUUUUUAAUUCUGAAAAUGAAGAAGGUUUCAUGUUAGUUAUAUUUUUCAAUUCAAUUAAAGCUAUGAUUAUGCAUUUGUGGUAUAUGAAAGGCAAUUUAAUCAUACUGAAUUACAUGCUUAUUAUUGCAGUUGAAAUUUUUAUUAUUGCAUUUUGUUUGAACCAGUGUGCUUGAUAUUAAUAUGUAUUUCAAUGUACAGUUGCAGUUUUUUCUAAUUAUAACAUUCCUCAUUAUAUUAAUUGACUUUUGAUAAUCAAAAUGAAACUUGUGUCUGAUGCCUUAAAAUCCCCUUUCCCUAUCAGGCACAGCCCUGUAACUAAAAGUAAAUAAUAACAAGAAGUAUAGUAAAUGCUGUUGGCAUCAUAUAUUAAUUUUAUGAUACUUUUAAUUUCUAUAAUAAAAAACUUACAUCUUAUGAUGUGGGAUUUAAUGCUUAAAAGCCUAGUUAACUUAACGCUGUCCUUGGUGUUUUGCUUAAUUACUAGUGCUUAUCUUUCAAAGCUGUCUCUUUCCAUGCAUCAGAAAGAUAAGAAGAAUGACUUUUUUUUGCAUUGAUACAUUUAUUAACCCAGCACAAUAGCAAGCAUGAGCAUCUUUUUCAAACUGGUGAAUUUUCAAUUGCCCACUAGUUUUCUUGAGUUGACUGUAGCCGAAUGUUAUUCUUGCAUCACAAUUCAAUGUUACCACUGUAACUACAUGUUCGGAUAUUGUCCUCUUUGUCUUUAUCAUUUGUUGUUUAUUAUUUUAUAGUUCCAUAAUCUUUCUUUGUAUUUUUAAUACAUUAAAGCUGUUUUUUAUUCCAAAA